AUGUUCACUCCGGCUAUCGUAUCCUACGUCAGGCAGUUCUACCCUCUCGGCAACAUGCCUGCCGUGAGCUUGACGAGGUCGCUCCCGCAGGGUCUCGAUGCCGAUAUCCUGCUCCUGGGCUAUGGAGAUGUGAGGAAUGUGCUUUAUACUGCUGACUCGGAGAGGGAGUUUCCGUCUCGGAGACUUGACAUCACAUGUUGCGAUAUUGACACGAACAUUAUUGCGCGCAACGCCAUCUUGUUUACUCUGCACAUCGAUGGAGUGAGCGCAGAUGUCGCAAUGGACAUCUACUACCACUUCUACAUCAGCGAGACCUCAAUAAAAGUCUUGAAGGAACAGGCCAACAAGCUACUCUCCUUAGCGAGCAGCAUUGAUGAGUGGAAUAAGGGCCAAUACGGCUCCCUGGUGAGCUUCUGUGGUGGGGGCUCUCUUCAUCGCGUCAAACAAGUCUGGGCGAAGUAUGCCUCGCCUCCGUCCGAGUCACGGAGCAAGGCUGCCUUUGAGCAAGAUCUGCGAAGCACGCAGGAAUACAAGAUGGAGUCGAGCGGAGCCGGCGGGACCAGCCUGACACUCACGGGGAUCAGAUCUGCUUCUCCCCUAGCCAUAGCUGCCAUGCUAGAAGUACCAAAGGUCUACGACCACUACUGGAAGCACGGCAUGUUCUCGAAACACCCGGCCUCUGAGGUCAACCCGAUGUUCGCCGAGGCACUCUCCGCGAACGCAUACCUCCAUCACUCAACGGACCCCAUUCUUGGGUUUCACCUCGCUACUGCCUUCGCCAGACUUGCCCCUACCUCUCCCCUUCGUCCCAGCCCAGCUAGGGGCGCGUUUAAGGUCAUCGCGAAGGACAGCCUGCGAAUCAGAUUCGCAGUAGCUGAUGCUCUCAAUUUCAGUCACACAUUACAGCAUAAUUCGGUUGCGCCAGGUACCCCGGCCAACAUAUUUCGACGUCAGCUAGACGCUUCAGUGAUCGACCUCGACCAGAGCGCCUAUGGGGAGGGUGGCACGGCGCCCGUUGAAAUACUCGUUGCGUGCGGCCCUCUGUUGAAAGAUUCGGCAUCAUCUACACUACAUGUCGAGACGCUACUCAAGACACAAAACACCCGCAAGGAACAGUUUGAUGCUCUCUUAAAAGGCCACGCUGCUACUAUAUCGCUUCUGCUGGGACUCACGCCAAUCGACUAUUGGACCAAUGCGACACACGUAUCAUAUGUCGACGAAAUGGUCGUCGGGGCCCAACUUUCGGCGGGUUCAACUGUCGGACAGGUAAUCUCGCGCUUGUCAUGGAAACCAACCCGAUGCUUCUCCCCACAGGACACUGUGUCAGGACCUGUGGCAAUGGAAGCGCACGCACUUGUCGAACCGGUGUUCCAAUUUUUCAAGCAGAUGUUCGAGUACGAAGACGUCUCGAGCCUACUCGCGAGUAAUCUUUCCCAUGAGGAGAAGGACCAGAGGGAGCGAAAUGGCACCUAUCCGGCGUUCAAUCGCGACGGGCCUGUGAGGGAACACACAUUUUGCGAGGGGAGCAAUGCUGAAUAUCUUGAGGAAUACGCUGCCCAGACUCGAGUUCAUGGCGUUUCGGAUAUGGAGGGGACUCGCCUCGAAGUUGAACCAACAUCCAGUUUGGGUGGUUUCAAUGCAUGGCCAAAUGUCCCCGAAGUUCUGUGUGUUACAGUCGUGGUGCCGCGACAGAACAUUGAGCACCUCUACAGCACGAAGACCAGCAAGCUCAACGCGCCCAGACUCGAAAGCACCAUGACGUCGAGCCCGCCGAGCCCCGUGGAAGGCUUCUUAUUCUCUUCUGUGCAAGUCAUGUUCGGUGAGGUAGAGACACAAGGAGCCAGGACAGACGACGACUUCUCAAUAGUUGUUAGACCGGACGCCCGUGGCUGGCAGGGCAACUGCCCUAUGAUCGCAUCCUUCUACCUCACGACGGAAUCGUUCCAGUCCGCAGUGAAAGAAGGAAUGGUCGGACUGAAUGUACGGAAGUCGGUCGCGAACCUGAACACGUAUCAACAUCUGCAGCCGCCGAUGACCGUCUACAAGACAAGCAUCAGUGAUGAAUCUCAUGUGUUCGUCACUCGAUACAUGCCUGGAAUGUCAGGAUAUCCUAUUGCGUGUGCCCGGGCAGGAGCCGGAGCUCAAAUUGGACACGCUGGAGGUUCUGAACAAAGCAAAGCAGAAGGAAUAUCAGCCACGAGAACCACAAUAUCCGCAGAUCAGCAAUCCGGCAAGAUUCACAUGUUUCCUGGACGAGUUGAUUUCCUAGGGGAGAAAGGUAAGGCACUUCUGACCGAAAAGGUGCCUAUCAAUCUACGAUGGUUAUCCCCUACGUCACUCGAGAUUGUAUUUGGAAAGGAUACUAUGGUGUAUCCUGUCUCGUUUCCGGCGCCAGUCCACCAGGGAGCCGCCAAGACGCAGAUUGCGCGCAAGUCAAGCUACACUGCUGUGAUUGCACCUCUUGCAGACUCCCUUACUUCGGAAUCAUUGUCAUCUUACAUUUUCCCCAUCGUCCUGUGGUCGGAUUCUGUGCCUGUUACGCUCAAUGGCCACCACGUCAACCUGGAUUCACUGCCCAUCUUGAACUUGGAAGAAGCCGACAAGGCUGCCAACCAGUGGCUUGUGACACUGACAUCACACCAAUACUCUCUGCGAGAGCGGCAGAUCCGAACGACGGGCAGGUCGUCUGAUGGCCAAACUAGUCGCGAAUGGCACGGCUGCGACAGCGUCGUCAAUCCCGCGUGGCGGACGAACAAGAUGCACACCAUAUUGAUGGACAUGCAGCUCGCAGGGCUCGCAGGAGGCCCGGGACCGCGAUGCUAUCUUGCAGGGAUGUACAUACCCGCUAAGGAAGGUGUCGCUCCGCGCGGGCUCGUACAUAGACGAAGGGGGGAUCCUGGCGAGUCGGACUGCCAGCAGGCGGUUUAUGGGCACUACCAUGAAAGGCUGCUGGAGAUCAAGCGGAAAUGGGAUUUGUUGGGAGUUUUUAUGGGCGCCGACGACAGUUGGGAGUGGGGGUUGGGCUGUUGA